AUGCUUGAUAGACCUUCAAAUAAAAAAAUACGUGAACGAAAAAAGAGGGAAAAAGAGGAGGAACAAAAUAAAGUUGGAAAAUUUGGAAUACCGCUAUCAGUAACAAUAUCUGGAAGUGAUAAUAAAAUUAUUAAAGAAAAAGAUUCAACAAAAAAUAAUAUUUUUAAAUUUAAGAGGCGGGUAUUCAAAAGUAAAUUGGGAAAAUCAUUAACAAAUCUUUCUCGUACAGAAACUAAUAGAAGGUCUUUUGAAAAUAAAAAAAUAGAAGAUAGUAGUAGAAGAAAAAAUAAACAUCAAAAUAUACCUGGAGUUGAAAAAGAAUAUCAUUCAGCAAUUGAAUUGACAAAUGAAUUAUCAACUAGUUCUAUCCAAAAUGACAGUUCAUGUUAA